AUGUUCGGCAAGUUGUCUCAUCGACUCUGUAUUCGCUUGCAGAAAUGGUGCAUUUUGGACCUUCACAACGGGUAUGUGUUUGUGCAAGAAGACAAAGACCGCAACGCUGCUUGGCUCAUGCCCUUGACUCUCUAUGCUCGCUGGUGCUUUUUCAUGUUCCGCCAAGAUGAUGUGCACUGGGUUCCGUUCCAAGGUUCCGUCGCAGAAGCAGUUGAAGCAUACCGGCGUCUGCACUCAGAGCUUCUUCCCAGUCACCUCAAACGCUUCAGUGCGAAAUCCAGAUGGCGAAGCUUCGAGUUGCCAUAUGCUUACUGCACUUUGAAGGCCAAAUGCUUUGCGGAGGGGAUAGGCUUGUCCCUUGUGGUCUGUGAUGCGGCCCAGAUGUACGAAGAGAUCUCGCCGCGCAUGGUCUUUGAAGCUGUUGAUCUGCUGAUCACGUUAGCUAAGAAUAGAUUGGGCAAGUUUCUGUUUGAGCAGGUUCGCGGGGUUCCCAUUGGAGGAGACCUAGGGCACCCUUGGUUGGACGUUUGGCUGUUUGACGAUCGGGGCCGACUGGGUAUCAGAGCUGAUGGCGUUGAAGUUGCAUGGCGUGCUGCAGGCGGCCAAGGCUAUCCGACUAAGCACCGCUUGAAGCCGUACUUGGGACCUGCAGCGUGCUGCCAGGCUGAGUUGCGGAGCCUUGCUGCUGGACGGCUUGUGAGAUGGAAAUCAAUGGAUCUGCAGAGCCAGCGCCUGCGUGAAGCUGUAGCGACCGAGCUCCAAGUUUGGGUGCUGUACGGCUACCCCC